UCGGUGUGAUGGCGGCCGCAGUGUUGGCCGAGGGCUCGGUUUCGUCCGGUUUUUCUGGGAUUAUACAUAACGGUCACGGCGGAGCGGCGGCGACAUCUGUCCCCGGCCUGGGACCCGCUGCGUGGAACCGUUCGCUGGAGAGGUCUCUGGAGGAGGCGGCGGUGACCGGAGCCCUCAACCUGAGCGGCAGGAAACUGAGAGAGUUCCCGCGGAGCGCAGCCAGACAGGACCUCAGUGACACCACGCAGGCCGGUAAGGGACAGGAUGGGGGGGCACUGCCAGAAUGGGGGGUUACUGCCAGAAUGGGGUAAGGGACAGGAUGGGGGGCACUGCCAGAAUGGGGGGGGGGUUACUGCCCGAAUGGGGUAAGGGACAGGAUGGGGUGCACUGCCCGAAUGGGGUAAGGGACAGGAUGGGGUGCACUGCCCGAAUGGGGUAAGGGACAGGAUGGGGUGCACUGCCCGAAUGGGGUAAGGGACAGGAUGGGGGGCACUGCCCGAAUGGGGUAAGGGACAGGAUGGGGGCACCGCCAGAAUGGGGCUGCCAGAAUGGGGUAAGGGACAGGAUGGGGACCACUGCCCGAAUGGGGUAAGGGACAGGAUGGGGCACCGCCCGAAUGGGGUAAGGGACAGGAUGGGGGGCACUGCCCGAAUGGGGUAAGUGGGACAGGAUGGGGGCACUGACAGAAUGGGGGGUUACCGCCAGAAUGGGGUAAGGGACAGGAUGGGGUACCCGCCCGAAUGGGGUAAGGGACAGGAUGGGGGCACUGACAGAAUGGGGUAAGUGGACAGGAUGGGGGCACUGCCCGAAUGGGGGUUAGAGGGUUACUGACAGAAUGGGGAGUACUAAAAGAAUAGGGGGUUACUGACAGAAUAGGGUUAUUGAGAGAAUGGGGGUUAAAGGAGGGUUACUGACAGAAUGGGGGGUACUAAAAGAAUAGGGGGUUAUUGAGAGAAUGGGGUGGUACCUGACAGAAUGAGGGGCGGGGGGGGGAGGUUACUGAUUAAGGAUGGCACUGAGAGAUAGGGGAGUGGGGGAGGCGUGCUGGCAGAAUCGGGGGUACUGCCAGGGUGACAGGGGAAUGGCAUCAGGUGUCUGAUCUGACUGUGAGACAUGGCCCCGGGAGCCAUAGCUGACUGGCAGCAUUACUGACCGGGCCAGUGGUUCUCCAGUGACAGAGAAUUGGCCCCUGGUUUGUCAGCUCUAGAAAUCGGCUGUCCAAGCCUUUAAUGAGCAAUAUAUGCUUGUUCUUGUGGUAUGUCUUCGUAUACCACUUUCUUUACCUCUAAAUCCUAGUAAAUGGUAUUAACUUGAAUAACCAAUGCAUAUAAGUAUUGUGAUAGCUUGUUUAUAGGUCAAUCUAGUCCCAGAACUAGCCUUUUAGUUAAAAAAUCAACGUGUUACACAGUGUAUGUUACUCAUUGCAUGACAACACUAUGUAAACCUUUCUUUGAUGUUUCUGAAUAUAUGUCUCUUGCUGUUGUGCUGCAGAAACAUUUGUUUGUUAUAGAAAACGAUUCUAGGCGUUCCAUAGCAUUCCAUGGUCGGACUUGGUCCGUGGUCAUUGAGUAGUGCAAGUGUGUGCCAGGAUUUAAGGGGUGAUAGUAUGUGCCCUGGUUAGGGUGUGCUCAAGUGGAAGGGGGAUUUAUUUUACAUGUUACUGCAAAGUUUUGUGUGCAGAGUUUGACUUGGUACAAUGAAUAAGACUAAUCAGAGAAGGGUUUAGGAUUAGACUUGUUUCCUGAAAUUGUAACACUUCUUGUUGUAGGUAA